AUGUUCGGUGCAUUAAAUCGUUUCAUCGGUCGCCUGGACGGAGAGCCUGGUCCGCAACCUCGAUCUGGCCCCGGCGACAACGCGUUCGGCUUCCAAGUCCUCCGCAACACAGACCCCGAGCUGCCUUUAGAGCCAUGGUUCGACUUUAUCGUCGGGAUCAACGGACAUACAAUUGAAGACCCAGACCCCAACCUCUUUGCGACAGAAUGCCGCAAUUGCGCUGGUGGAAGCUUGACGCUUGAAGGUCAACGAACACAUACUGUCACUCAUCCCGUACCACCAACCAACCCCUCCCUGGGCCUCGCAUUACAGCUUGCUCCACUUGCUUCGACGCAGAAUAUAUGGCAUGUGAUCGCAGUACCAUCGCCGCUAAGUCCAGCAUACCGAGCUGGCUUGCUCCCAUACUCAGAUUAUAUCGUUGGAACCCCCAGUGGGACAUUAAGAGGGGAGGCGGCACUGGGAGAGCUGGUUGAAGAUCAUCUCAACCGCACGUUGGUACUAUGGGUAUACAAUAACGAAUUCGACGUAGUUCGUGAGGUCGAACUCAUCCCUACCAGAGGCUGGGGUGGAGAAGGUGCCCUUGGUGCCGAACUUGGAUUUGGUGCUUUGCACCGCCUGCCGCUUGGACUAGGGGAGGAAGUGGAAGGCCCUGGUGAGGUGGUUUUCGAGACAGGCAAAAGCAACAGUCCUGCACCGGCGGAUGAUGGUGCGGGCUCCGUGCCAGGGCUAACAGCUCCUUCCAAUAACUACUUAGUCCCCGCCAACAUGACGGCGCCGCCACCUCUGGCCGCUACUCAAGCACGCGAUGCCUCGCCAUCUCAGAGCAGGUCUCCAGCGGGCCGUCGUGCAGGAAAGUCACGGCCAGGUGCCUCUCCCAAUCGGGCAUUUGAUGACUACUUUGCCGAGGGUGAAGAGAAGAGCCGCGCGCAGGACUAUGCACCCUCACGGCAUGGCACUCCUUUGCCUCCCCCUCCAAAGGCGGGAUUAUCGCAAGAUCGCUCGGAGAGCCCCGCGCCUGUGCCUGUCACAUCAGUAGGGUCUCCUGGGCCUGCGCAGGAGGAAUGA